UAACGUUUAUUACUAAUCAUCAUUCUCGUUGCUGGUACUCUUAUUCCCGGUUCGUAGUGGGGGGAGGCGCGCAUCCCCGGCGGUCUGGACUGGCAGCUGCUACGAGCGCCCGCCCCCGCCCCGCCCCUCCGUGCUGGCCCCGGGCGGCGCCGCCUGCGGACCUGUCCCUUCUACCGCUGGCCGCCAGCGGCGGGAGCCGCACAGCCUCUGCUAGGCCUGCGGUGCGCAGCGACAUGGCGGACGGCCACCGCCUCCUGCUGGAGAACGCGCGGCAAGUGGUGCUGGUGUGCGCCCGCGGCGAGCGCUUCCUGGCGUGCGACGCGCUGCGCAGCCUGGCGGUGCUGGAGGGCGCCAGCCUGGUGGUGGGCACAGAUGGGUUCAUAAAAGCCAUCGGUCCUGCUGAUGCUAUCCAAAAACAGUUUUCAGAAGAAACAUUUCAAGAAAGAAUUGACUGUUCCGGGAAAUGCAUCUUGCCAGGUUUAGUGGAUGCACACACACAUCCAGUAUGGGCUGGUGAAAGAGUUCAUGAGUUUGCGAUGAAGUUGGCAGGAGCCACAUACAUGGAUAUCCACCAGGCUGGAGGAGGGAUCAACUUCACGGUGGAGCGCACGCGCCAGGCCUCGGAGGAGGAGCUGUUCAGUUCCUUCCAGCAGCGGCUUGGGUGCAUGAUGAGGGCGGGGACAACGCUGGUGGAGUGCAAGAGCGGAUACGGCCUCAGCCUGGAGACGGAGCUCAAGAUGCUACGCGUGAUUGAGCGCGCCCGGCGGGAGCUGGACAUCAGCAUCUCAGCCACUUACUGCGGGGCUCACUCGGUGCCAAAAGGAAAAACUGCUACUGAAGCCGCUGAUGACAUCAUCAAUAACCACCUCCCAAAGCUGAAGGAACUUGGCAGAAAUGGGGAAAUACACGUUGACAAUAUAGAUGUGUUCUGUGAGAAGGGCGUCUUUGAUCUCAAUUCCACCAGAAGGAUUCUUCAAAGUGGGAAAGAUAUAGGGUUACAGAUUAACUUCCAUGGGGAUGAACUCCACCCAAUGAAGGCUGCUGAGCUCGGGGUGGAACUGGGAGCCCAGGCAAUCAGUCACCUGGAAGAAGUGAGUGAUGAAGGCAUUGCUGCCAUGGCAGCGGCCAGGUGCUCUGCUGUCCUCCUGCCCACUACGGCCUACAUGCUGAGACUGAAGCAACCUCGAGCCAGGAAAAUGUUAGAUGAAGGGGUAAUAGUUGCUCUGGGCAGCGAUUUCAACCCUAAUGCGUAUUGUUUUUCAAUGCCGAUGGUCAUGCACCUGGCCUGUGUGAACAUGAGAAUGUCCAUGCCCGAGGCCUUGGCCGCUGCCACCAUCAAUGCCGCUUAUGCCCUGGGAAAAUCUCACACUCAUGGAUCUUUGGAAGUAGGCAAACGGGGAGAUCUCAUUAUCAUCAAUUCAUCCAGAUGGGAGCAUUUGAUUUACCAGUUUGGAGGCCAUCAGGAAUUAAUUGAUUAUGUUAUAGCUAAAGGAAAAGUCAUCUAUAAAAAAUGAUUGAUCUGUAAGGAAAGAGCACACUGUUCUACUGUUUAAGUCAAUACAGUUAUAUUAAAAGUUAAAAUACCUUAGUAGGUUACCAGAAUGAUGUCACUUAAAUCUGUUUCUGUAUUUUGUUUAUCCACUUGAAAAACCCAGGGGAUUCACUUAUUUUAACAUGUGCACCUGGACGUAUAAGCAAGUAAACCAUUGGUGAUGAUAAUCUCAAAGGAUUAAAUUACUUCACAAAGAUUUUCUAUACAUAUUCUGCAGGUUAAUAUGGUGGAGUAUCACAGAAAUGCCUUUGUGGGGAAAUGCAGAUUGGCAAAUAGGUAGACAUGGCUUAAAAUUCCCAUUUUGCUUCUACUUUUCAAAUUUCAAUUCUUAGACUAUAUUUACUGAAAAUUGCGGGGGGGGGAGUGGGAAAUCCAAGUCAAAUGCCACAAACUAAGCUAAAAUGUAGCCAUCUGUAAUAAGCAAAUAGUUUUUCUUUUCCCCACACAGUGUGUCUUUCUAGGUGCUCUUCAAAUGCAUUAGGGUCCUCUGAGGGAAGGUGUUCUUCUGUUUUCUUCUCAACCCUUGCAAUAGAGCUUCACAGCAGAGCUCAGGACUUGUCAUUUUGUACACAAGUAUAGGGACCUUCUUGUAACAGAUGCAUUUUGACCAAAUCCAAUAAUGUAAUUUUUUAAAAAGUUUUAAAGUUUUUGAUUCUUCACAUUACAAAUGUAUAAAAAAUCUAUAGCUUUCAAUAAAUAUUUGCUGUCACUAUUAUUGUUGUUGUUUACAGCCCUGGAAGCCAGUCAGUGGUGUCUAUUAGAACCUUUUAGGAAAUGAACAAAUUACAGAAGAAAGUGGAUUACAUAAAGAAAAAGUGGAUGACUAUAUAAACGAGUGUUUCUAAAGCCAUGUGUUUACUUGAAAUGUUUUUAAACGCUUUGAUCAUUCUUACAAUCACAACUGCAUGAUAAAACUUUGUCCUAUUUAUGAAGAAAUGACGAGAGAAGUAAACAUUAAGUACCCAAAUUAUCACCUAUUUCAAGUUAAUAGAGCCUGAACCAAUGAGGCUUUACUGUAUUCAACAUAGAUCAACUCAAGAUACCCCUUGUCAGAAGGUUAAGGGUAACAGGGCACAUCGCUAUCACGGGCUAGUAGCGUGGGGUACCUGGAGCUCUGCCCCUCACAUGCUUGGCGAAGAAGCCGUGAGGGGGUGUGGGAAGCAUGAGUUGCUGUGGGAGACGCCUCCCCUAUGACCAGUUUCCUAGUCGACGGUGGGAGUUCGGGAUGCAGGAGAUACAUAUAAAGGCCCAAACUAAAGAUUAGGUCUGUCCUGGAACCCAAGCCACGUAGAAGUAUAUCCUUAUAACUACGGAAUAAAAAGGUGAAGCACUUCCUAUUU